CUUCGCGCAAACAAUAGCGACAACAAUGAAAAGUAAAAGUACAGUAUUUCAAUUCAGCUAUUGCGGGACCCAGAAAGCAGCUGCGGCGGGUGUGUGUGUGGGUAGAAGCGGGAAUUGGUAGAGUGUUUAUCUCAGAGGGGUGGAGACAGCCGAAAUAAGACUUUUGCCUUAGUAUUACUUUAGGAUUAGGGAAGGAGAAAGGCACGCGGAAUAAUCCACCUUGCAAGCUUAGUUCAGUCUAAGUGGAGAUUGCUUUCUCUCUCAUUUGGGAGCAAAGCCACUCUGCUGGAGGAAGUUCCCCCAAGCGGUGUGUGAUGUUUAACCGCUUAGGCGUUAUCCCACACACGGAAGGCCAGUGGCCCCGUGGCUUCCCUCCCGACCAAAGGCGCAGGCUCUGGGGCGCCUGGCUGCCUGAGGCGGCGGGAACCCCAGCCGGAGGUUCCUCGCAGCACGUUUCUCACCCAGUAAGUUAGAGCAGCGCGCAGGGGCGGGGUGGGAACCGGAGAAGCCUUGUCCUGGGGCUCCUCACCCUCCAGGAUUCCUCUCCCAGGCACUGGGGCCGCCGCCGCCACCGCCACCGCGACUUAGCAGUUUUAUGACUUUCUCGGACUUAAAUGGAAAUUUCUUUACGGAGGGAACUGGGUUUGGUCUCCAAGGCUCGGCUGUCAGGCGGAGCCCCGGGGGCAGCUCGCUCACCGCAAAGGAGCCACUUCGGAGUUUGACGCCCUCCCCACACCCCACCCCCGUGCCGCGAAGGAUGUCCAGUUAGCCGCGGGCUUGCGUUCUGAGGCUGGCAUGGAAAGUCACAGCCCGCAGGCUGGACUGAGCCGCGGGAAGAUGCCCAGUGCCUGCCUCGCGGGCUCAGCAGACGCGUCCCUCGGCCCUGCCCACUGAGCUGCCGAGGACUGGCUGGCUGCGCCCAGAGCGUCGCCCCUCGCGCCCCUUCCGGCCGGCCGAGCUGCUACCUGGAGGGCAGGGCAGGGCUGGGCAGUGCCCGCUCGCACCCUUUGCGGGAGGAUGGCAGGACCUGGCGCGGCGUAGCGGCUGGAGAGCGCAGCGACCUGCGUCUCCCGUUUCUCCUCGGGGCACCUGGCCGACUUAACCUUCCGGACAGCUAGCUCCAAAGCCCCCGGGAGAAGCAACCCGCACUCGCACCGCGGAGAGGGGAGCAGACACAGGCUGGGCGUGGAGAGUGGAAAGAGCGGAGAAACGGAGAGCCUGGGGCUGGGCGUGCGCGCGUGGGAGCGCGCCGCCUCAGAGCGCCCCGCACUCCCCCGCUCCAGCCCUGGGGGCACUUGGGCAAGGAGGCAGUGGUAGCCGCGGGAAUACGAGGGCGCGAGAGAAACCCUCUCCCGGCGACGCCCCCAACAGGUCCGGACUCCGAACUCCGAAGCUACAAGCUGCAAGCAAUUGAGACUCGUCGGCCUCCUCCGCACGCCCCUGAGCCCCCGCCCGAAGCCCGGGGGCUGUGCUGGCUGCCGGCUUCCCGCCCCCUCCCCGGCGGAAGGUCGCUGGCCGGCGGGCGCCCCGUCGGCUGCCGCCGCACAUGAGGCCGCUGCCCCCGACGCAGGCGCUGGCGCCCCCCUCGCGGUGCCCGUGGUGAUGCCAUGCCCCGCCACCACGCGGGAGGAGAGGAGGGCGGCGCCGCCGGGCUCUGGGUGAAGAGCGGCGCGGCGGCGGCGGCGGCGGCGGCGGGCGGGGGGCGCCUGGGCAGCGGCAUGAAGGAUGUGGAGUCGGGCCGCGGCAGGGUGCUGCUGAACUCGGCGGCCGCCAGGGGCGACGGCCUGCUGCUGCUGGGCACCCGCGCGGCCGCGCUCGGCGGCGGCAGCGGCGGCCUGAGGGAGAGCCGCCGGGGCAAGCAGGGGGCCCGGAUGAGCCUGCUGGGGAAGCCGCUCUCCUACACGAGUAGCCAGAGCUGCCGGCGCAACGUCAAGUACCGGCGGGUGCAGAACUAUUUGUACAACGUGCUGGAGAGACCCCGCGGCUGGGCGUUCGUCUACCACGCGUUCGUUUUUCUCCUUGUCUUUGGUUGCUUGAUUUUGUCAGUGUUUUCUACCAUCCCUGAGCACACAAAGUUGGCCUCAAGUUGUCUCUUGAUUUUGGAGUUCGUGAUGAUUGUCGUCUUUGGUUUGGAGUUCAUCAUUCGAAUCUGGUCUGCAGGUUGCUGCUGUCGGUAUAGAGGAUGGCAAGGAAGAUUAAGGUUUGCCCGAAAGCCCUUCUGUGUUAUAGAUACCAUUGUUCUUAUCGCUUCAAUAGCAGUUGUUUCUGCAAAAACUCAGGGUAAUAUUUUUGCCACGUCCGCACUCAGAAGUCUCCGUUUCCUGCAGAUCCUCCGUAUGGUGCGCAUGGACCGAAGGGGAGGCACUUGGAAAUUAUUAGGUUCAGUGGUUUAUGCCCACAGCAAGGAAUUAAUCACAGCUUGGUACAUAGGAUUUUUGGUUCUCAUUUUUUCAUCUUUCCUUGUCUAUCUGGUGGAAAAGGAUGCCAAUAAAGAGUUUUCUACAUAUGCAGAUGCUCUCUGGUGGGGCACAAUUACAUUGACAACUAUUGGCUAUGGAGACAAAACUCCCCUAACCUGGCUGGGAAGAUUGCUUUCUGCAGGCUUCGCACUCCUUGGCAUUUCUUUCUUUGCACUUCCUGCUGGCAUUCUUGGCUCAGGUUUUGCAUUAAAAGUACAGGAACAGCAUCGCCAGAAACACUUUGAGAAAAGAAGGAACCCAGCUGCCAACCUCAUUCAGUGUGUUUGGCGUAGCUAUGCAGCUGACGAGAAAUCUGUUUCCAUUGCAACCUGGAAGCCACACUUGAAGGCUUUGCACACCUGCAGCCCUACCAAGAAAGAACAAGGGGAAACAACAAGCAGUAAGUUCUGUAGUAAUAAGCAGAAGCUCUUCAGAAUGUACACCUCAAGGAAGCAGAGUCAGAAGCUAAGUUUUAAGGAGCGAGUCCGCAUGGCUAGCCCAAGGGGCCAGAGUAUUAAGAGCAGACAAGCUUCGGUGGGUGACAGGAGGUCCCCGAGCACCGACAUCACAGCUGAAGGCAGCCCCACCAAAGUGCAGAAGAGCUGGAGCUUCAAUGACCGGACCCGCUUCCGGCCCUCGCUGCGCCUCAAAAGUUCUCAGCCAAAACCAGUGAUAGACGCUGACACAGCGCUUGGCACUGAUGAUGUGUAUGAUGAAAAAGGAUGCCAGUGUGAUGUAUCAGUAGAAGACCUAACCCCACCACUUAAAACUGUCAUUCGAGCUAUCAGAAUUAUGAAAUUUCAUGUUGCAAAACGGAAGUUUAAGGAAACAUUACGCCCAUAUGAUGUAAAAGAUGUCAUUGAACAAUAUUCUGCUGGUCAUCUGGACAUGUUGUGUAGAAUUAAAAGCCUUCAAACACGUGUCGAUCAAAUUCUUGGAAAAGGGCAAAUCACAUCAGAUAAGAAGAGCCGAGAGAAAAUAACAGCAGAACACGAGACCACAGAUGACCUCAGUAUGCUUGGCCGGGUGGUCAAGGUCGAAAAACAGGUCCAGUCCAUUGAAUCCAAGCUGGACUGCCUGCUGGACAUCUACCAGCAGGUCCUCCGGAAAGGCUCCGCCUCGGCUCUCGCCUUGGCUUCCUUCCAGAUCCCACCUUUUGAAUGUGAACAGACGUCUGACUAUCAGAGCCCUGUGGAUAGCAAAGAUCUGUCCAGUUCCGCACAAAACAGUGGCUGCUUGACCAGAUCAGCCAGUGCCAACAUCUCACGAGGCCUGCAGUUCAUUCUGACGCCAAAUGAGUUCAGUGCUCAGACUUUCUACGCGCUUAGCCCUACUAUGCACAGUCAAGCAACACAGGUGCCAAUGAGUCAAGGCGACGGCUCCACAGCAGCGGCCACCAACAUUGCAAACCAAAUAACCGUGGCACCCAAGCCAGCAGCCCCAACAACUUUACAAAUCCCACCUCCUCUCCCAGCCAUCAAGCAUCUGCCCAGGCCAGAGACCUUGCACCCAAACCCCGCAGGCCUCCAGGAAGGCAUUUCCGAUGUCACCACCUGCCUUGUUGCCUCCAAGGAAAGUGUUCAGAUUGCACAGUCGACUCUGACCAAGGACCGUUCUCUGAGGAAAAGCUUUGACAUGGGAGGAGAAACUCUGUUGUCUGUCCACCCGACGGUGCCCAAGGACUUGGGCAAAUCUUUAUCUGUACAAAACCUGAUCAGGUCGACGGAGGAACUGAACGUCCAGCUUUCAGGGAGUGAGUCAAGUGGCUCCAGAGGCAGCCAAGAUUUUUACCCCAAAUGGAGGGAAUCCAAAUUGUUUAUAACUGAUGAAGAGGUGGGUCCUGAGGAGACAGAGACAGACACUUUUGAUUCCGCGCCGCAGCCUGCCAGGGAAGCUGCUUUUGCAGCAGACUCUCUAAGGACUGGAAGAUCACGAUCAUCUCAGAGCAUUUGUAAGGCAGGAGAAAGUACAGACGCCCUCAGCUUGCCUCAUGUCAAACUGAAAUAAGUUCUUUGUUUUCUUUCUAGGCAUAGCAGUUCCUUUAGCCAUACAUAUCAUUGCAUGAACUAUUUUGAAAGCCCGUCAAAAAAGUUGAAAUUGCAAGAAUCAGGAGGAACAUGAAAGGCAGUUUAUAGGCCUGUUAUCUUUUAAUUGCAUGAAAAUGCAUGUUUAGGGAUGGCUGAAAUUCCAAGGUGCAUCAACAUUAACUCACUCAUUUAGUAAUGUACCUUGAGUUUAAACUCCUGAGAAAUCAAACGCUGCUAUUGCUAUGGGGCGUGUGGACAUGUCAAGAUUAGGUCAGUUAGAAGACUUGACAUUGUGUUGCGAAAUGAUGAGAGUCAACAUCUUCAAAUUUCAGGCAUUUCUGCUUUAUGACUAAAUAGAAAACACAUUUUCAAAUUAGGCCAUCAUGUAUAUUUAAACACAACGGCUAACAACAGCUGCUAACAAGGUCUCGAGUAAAGCAGAAUUUGGGAAUAAUAGAAAUGGCUGCUUAUUUCAAGAUAUAUUUGCCAACCCAUUCCUAUUCAGUCGUUUUAUAAUUCAUGUAAUUUGAAUGUCAAUUUGUGUGCUUUUGGUGACUUAGCGCUGUGGCAAGCAGUUUUGCACAUCAUUUUCAUGUUGUUCUUUCCGACAAGAAUGUUCUUCGAUUAGAAGAUGUGGGAGUAAUGAAAUUCAGGGCCAGUGGGGCAAACAGACUGACCUUAUGGAAACAUUCUCUGAUGGCAGAAUCAACUUCGUAUGUGCUCAGCUUCCACAUAAGCUUAUGGAAUAUUGAUUAUUAGAAGAGCCAGUGCGAUUGGGCUGGUCUCUCUACAAUGGCACCAACCCCAAGCUUGCCGAAAUUGCCCACAUGAAGGCCAAGUGUGAAAAGCUAUUCUCAUUUAACUGACAUAAAGGCAGGACAGGGGAAUGGGACAUUUGAGGGGGACUGAGAUAGGAAGGGCACGAAAGGAAUUCAGAAACAAUACCAGGAAGUAGAUGAAGUUAAAAGAAAAUCACUUCCCACACAAAAGGCAAUGAGAGGAAGAGAAGCAAACCAAAAUGAAAGAGUCAGACUUUUUUAGAAAGUAAGUAUUGCUAGGAUAUUCAACUACCUAAACUUUCCUUAUAUAUAAACAGAGAAUUUUUCAAGGUAUUUAUUUUUUAAUAUGCCCUGAAUGUCUUUUGCUAUUGUGUAGUACAUUUUGCAUAUGAAAGGCUAAACCUAAACGUCCUUUACUUUUUAUACUGUUGUGACUAUUUUCUAUUCCCCCCUCCCCAGAAAUGUUGUCCCAAUUCUGAAAUUGCUAGUUCUGUUUCCUGGUAUAAACAUUUACAAUUAGAAACCUAAUAGCACAGGCAAAUCAAAACAUAAUAAUAUAUCAUGGCUGCAGAAAGGUCAGGGAAGCAAAAUGAAAAACGUAUUUAUUGGAAAGCACACAGUCUAGCUGUCUCAGACCAUCAGAACCUAAGAGCCAAAGGAAUGGCAUUCAAAAGGCAAGGAGAGACGAGACUCAGCGUUUCAGUUGAUUUCAAUCCCAGCCACUGAAGAACUCAAGAAAGGAAGACCUUUAACCUUGGCAAACAUCAGUGCUGCCCCCAGAAAAACUUCUCCAGCAGCCAAAGAGAAUGCACAGGGAUAUCAGCUGGCAGGCAGGGGAAGGACUCCCUGAACUUCAGCAGGUCUUCACCAGCCUCCAUCCCCAAGUAAAUACAUUCUACACUAUCUAAGAUGUGCUUCUCCACCCUUUUAAAUCCUUGUCCCUUUGGAUAAACACUGAAAUGCUUCCUCCUCUCACCUCACUUGGAUUCUAACACACUGCCCUGGAGUGUAUCAUUCAGAAUCUUCUUGGCUGCUGAAGACCCACAGAGUACAGAUUCUAGAUUUUACACUCCAGUUCAAAUAAGUCUGCCAUGCUUUUACAGCAGUUGUUUUCAUUGUCCAAGCAUAGAAUGUGAAUAAAUCGUGACAUGCAAUUUUUCAUCCACCCAUGUCUCCACUCAAUCCAAGCAGUGAUACACUUUCCCAAGGAUGUUAUACAUGUAAACACACCAAUACACACACACACCCCUCCACUACCCAAAUACAGAUACUUGCCAUGAACUUGGCCAGCCAUUUGCAAAUAUUAACCAAGGAAGAGGAAGGUGGCAGCAGCUUUCAGGUAGCACUGAUUCUUGGACAUGCUGUGUCCUGAGUCAGUCCCCACUGGCAGCAGGAAUUCUGAAUGUAUUGGGGACCCCUACUUAGACCUCAAACAGUACAGUUCAUGCAGCACUGCUGAAGACUGAAGAUCCAGAAACAGACUGAAGGCAACGCAGAGGUCUUAAUCCAAGCAAAAUGUGACAAAUCAUGUUGUGAAAAACUUGGAAACAUUGAAGCCAUGACCAUUUUGUGUCUAUCUUGCUCUAGCACAAACCUUCUUGGAGAUGAAUGGUAAUUGUAUUGUGUGAAAACUGUAAGGUUCUGUCUGUUGUGUUACUCUAUGAAAAUGAGACAGGCCUCCCACUUACACUUCGCAAAGUCCCACUGGGCAAUCCCAAAUGGUGUCUUGAAGCACAAUUUACUGACCACUGGGUAGCUCCAUGCUUUCUCAGACAAGUUUGUUGCCUUCUUCAACAUGUGGGGUUGACCAAGCUAAUAUUUAACUGCAAAUUUCCUUGAUAGGAGGUUAACUAAAAAAUUUUGCUUUGUCCAAUCUAAAUGUUUGCAUUUUGUUGAACUAAAUUAAUACCUGUAGAUUCCAAGGUUUUUUUUUGUUUUUGUUUUUGUUUUUGAAGUAAGACAUCUUCCUGAAUUUUUAAGUCCUUAACUCUUGUUCUAAGGUGCCUUUCUCACCUCUGAGUGACAGGCUCAGUGAUUCUGAAAGUUCCUAAUUUGCAAGUAAAACAAGUCUGCGGAAGGAGGAAAUCGGGCACAGAGUGAACACUUCUCACACCCAUUUGCAAAGCAGAACAUAAGGAAUGGUGAAACCUGGCCAACCAAAUUAGCAGAUCACUUCAUUUAAUCAGACUGAGGAAAUAUAAAUAUUAACUUAUCUCCCCAGAAGCUGAUUUUUUUGCCUUAAAUGACAUGGUUGUGUUUUUGUAAGAGAAACUUAAUUUAAUAUAAUUGUGUGCAUUUAAGUGAGCAGUUCUAAAAGUCAUCUAGGAAAUGCAAUUGUCUGUUUCCUGAAAACAAAUAAGUCAGGAAUAUCAUAUCCAUUUCAAGCUACCAUUAAAAUCUAAUUUCCUUUGCUCUCUUUUACUGGGAUUAUUGUUUUAAAGUAAAACAUUAAAAAAGAUGUCUGUAAACAGCUAGUGUGUCUAUUUUUAUCGGGCAACUAACUGGUUUGGUUCUGAUCUGACUGAUCCAAGUCAAUGGAUUGUGUACAGAUUUUGGAAUAAAAUAUAAAAAUUACUUUUA